GCCCGUCCAGACUAAAACGCAACCCCGGAGUUCCCAAACGAAAACGGGGCCAGCAGCGUUUCCAAAAGCCGUUUUAGGGUCUCGAAAACGCCGGAGUAGUGUGGACGCUAGGUGUAAACGUAGCAAAACGUAUGCGUUUUAAAACGAAAACGUAGUAGUACGGAUGUACCCAAAGAUGACGAAUGUGUGAGAAAUUGAAGAGUGAUAAGGAACGUGGGAGAAUAAUCUGAUUGCAUAACUGACAGGUUGAACCUUGUUUUUUUGUCUGAGAGGAUGUCUUUUUUUAAAGUUAUAAAAACUAGAGCAAAAAUAACCUCUCCAGUGAAUUUAAAUCACAUAAAAAGAGGAUUGUCAGUGCCAAGGCGCUGCCUGCCUCUGUAGACACUAUAGCCUGCAAUUUCUGGGGAGGAAAGAAACACGAGUGUGCCAGUAUAGUCAGCUAUAACGCACGAAUCAUCUCUUUCAAAUCCUUCACUCCGCCCACAAGAUACAAUCCUUCCAUUCUUGUAUUUUUUUCCCAUUCACUCCACCAGGAUGUCUAUGAGCAGGACGCACAUUCACUCUGUUUGGACACGAACCAAAAGCUGGACACUUUUUUUUAAACCUCCUUCUUUUAAAAAAAAAAGAAACUCCAUUUCGGAACAGGAUUUGGAAUAAGCUCUUCCUCUUUUUUCUCUCUCUUUGAUGCUUUUGUAAGGAUCAGACAGCCUGACAGAAAAAGUUGUGACAGAUUUAGAAAGCGCCAAACCCCCCACCCCCCCCCCAAAAAAAAGUCCAGAGCGAGAGACAGCUUUGCCCCGGAGGUUUCUGAAGAGGAAACAGGAGACAGAUAAAGAGGCAGCCAUAAUCUGAGAGAGAGAGACAGAGACAGAGGAAGGGAAGAGCACAGCUGUUGUGCUGAUGUGAAGAGAAAAUAUAGAUAAAGAAAAGCGAGGAGGUGCACCAGUGUGAAGGGCGAGGAGAAGAGACUGCCGAGGACAACCAAGGCUGGAAAGAAAAAGGGACAUACAUGGGAGAGUCAGCAAAUGAAAGACAGAGAUUGAGGAAUAAUUCCAGUUGAAGGUCAAGAAAGACAGAUAAAAAGGCUAAAAAGACAAAUAGCGAUUUGAAGAAGUGAACAGACACCUGACAUCAAAUUAAACAACAGUAAGAAUGGAGGAGCAGCAAGACAAGAGGAGAGACUUCCUCUGAAGUGAAAGAAAAAGGAGCUGUGUUUGACACGAAGAAGAGGAGACGAUUUCCUCAUCAUGUUUUAUUCAGCUGGUUUCCCAAAUUCAAACAACCUGCGCCGGAAGAGCAACUUCGUCCCAGGAUAGAAUGAAGAGAGGAGCAAAGAGAUACCUGCCGAGUCUGUGAUACCCUCCUGCUCCUCCUUUUCCUCCUCUUCACCUCAGACUCCUCCACCUUCCUCUCCUCCUUCCUUUCUUUCACUUUACAUCCAGCUUUAAAUUCACUAACUCCCUCCUCCUCUAUCCUGAUAUCUCCUGUCCUCUCCCCUCCUCUCCAUCUCCUCACUAUGUGGAUACCAGCUUUGCUCCUAUGGAUUCUUAAUAUCAGCAAUUUGUGCUCAGGACAAGACUAUACGGACUAUUACCAAACUGGAGACAUGGGCACUGAGGCUCCAGUGUUGUCAGAUGACCAGCCCAGUUUGGAGACAGUGACGAGUGUGGAUCAGCUAUUACAGCUUAUAUACCCCGAAUAUAGUUUACUUCAGAACUGCCUGAGGAAGAAAUCAUGGCGCGUCUCCUCUUCCUCCUCUUUUUCCAGCUCCUCAGCGAACCCUUUAGUCCACUCUAAUGAUGAGGAUCUGUGGGGUCAGCCGAGGGAGGAGGCUCUUUACAAAGUGGACGGGACUUUGGGAGUCAUCCUAGAGGAGAUCCAGCGGACCUCAUGCCAGCCCAGAGAGGUGUGUGUUGAGGUUGCCAAAGAAUACCCCGAAUCCACCAGUCAAAUCUAUGUCCCUCGCUGUGUGGCGCUGCAUCGGUGCGGUGGAUGCUGCACCAACGAGGCCUACUACUGCACGAAUACAAGUUACACGCUUGUCAACAAGACACUGAUGGAACUGUCCCCGCCCAGGAUGGAUCGCUCCGUCGUCAUGGUAACCUUCGUCAACCACACUUCGUGUGCAUGCCUCUCUAAGCGGCCACUCCACUCCAUCAUAAGACGAGCCGCAACAGAUCACCUGUGUUCCGCACCCGAAGUUCCCUGUGCCUCGGGGUCAUUAUGGGAUCAAGCGAACUGUGUGUGUGUGUCUACAGAUGCCAUCAACUACUCUGAGACUGAGGCGCUGAACUCAGGUCUGCUGGCUCUCUGCGGGCCCAACAGGGUUCUGGAUGAGUCCACCUGCGAGUGUGUCUGUCGGAAUGGACUCACAGAGGACAGAUGCAAUCCAGGCUGGAAACUGGACCACAACACUUGUGAAUGCCAGUGUGAAGGUCAAGGUGAGGGGAAGUGGUGCCCGACAGGCCAGCGGUGGGAUGAGGAGCUGUGUGGCUGUGUGUGCGCUGCGGAGUGUCCCGGGAAUCAGCCCCUGAACCCAGACACCUGCCUGUGUCAGUGCAGAGAGAGUCCACAGUCGUGUCUGCGGCAGGGCAAGAGGUUCAACUCCAACACCUGCAGCUGUUACAGGUUACCUUGCAGAAAGCCCAGACCUGUGUGCCAGACUGGUUUUUACUACAUCCACCAAGUCUGCCAGUGCAUCCCCAACCACAUGAGGCUUGAGUGGAAAUAGCCAAUCACAUGCAGACAGAGACUGCAGAUGCCGCCAUUUAUUGCCUUUCAGCAUGAGGCUAGAAACCGUUUGGCCUGAAACAAAGGAGCAAGAGCCUCUUGACAGGAGGGCAGGAAGGUGGAACUACACAUUUACAUGUAAUGGAUUACAACAGACCACAAGCAGCACUUGGAGGAGUUUAAUUAAUUCUGUCUGUGCUCUGACACAAACGAGGAUGGGAGUGCUUCCCAGUGAAACAAAUAGGUCAAAACAGCCACCCUUAUGCAGUAAAACUUGUAAAAGUGGAGUAAUCUCAGCCAAAGAGAGAAACUGAGGAGAGAUAUUUGACUCUCUGGGACUUUUCCCCAACACUAAUAACAUGAGCCUGACUGGAAGCAACCAAUCACACCUGGAUACUGCCUAAAAGCACGACAGCAAGGGGCGGGAUGGACCAAUCAGACUCUGAGCCAGCGUUCAUCCCAGCUGCAACGUGUUUGAGCAAGAUAUUCAACCACCGACCUGCUGCAGAGACACUGCUCAAAUGGAAAGUGGAAUAAAAUAAUAACAGACCAUGCUUUUUUUUUUUUUUUGGCAACUUCACACUUUGGCAGCCAUGAGUCAUGAGAUAUUUGAGAGUUUGAAGGAUUUAUUUUGCAGAACUCAUGUAAUGUGAUGUUGCCAGGGCCUGAUAGGUGGAAAAGGUGACAGUAUCUUUUGGUUUUUGGCGUAGCUUCCCUCAGCCUUCUCAUUUUUUUUCUAAGCGAGUAGAGGUUUAUUGCCAGACCCUGUUCAAUUAAACGUUAAUUUCAACACUCCCAAACAGCUAUUAUAUCCUCCAGUUUCUACUUGCCUCUACUGUAGUGCUGCUCUUUGAAGAUUUCACUCAUACAUGGCUGAAUCCAAUCACAGUUGACUGUAACACUUGGAUACAGUUCUUGAUCUUCUGGUAAUUUAACUUUACACACUCUACAUAAUAUUAUUUGUAAAUAUUUAAAUUUUCUUCAUAUUUAAAGCUGAUAUUUUGAAGAUGGAAUCAUGUUUAGUUGUAAAAUAUGUAUUUAAGUCACUAGCAUAACUAAAUAUUGUUUUGAAACUAUUUACAUGUCUUUGUACUCCAGCAGUUUUAAUUAUUAUGGAUAAUUUGAAUUGUGUUUUUCAUUGUCCAUUUUGCCUGCACUGCGAAAGAUUCAUUUUAACAGCUCAUUUAGACACCUAUACAGCUUUGAAAAAAUAAUGAUUUUAGGGCUCAAAAACACACGAAAUGUUGGGAUGAAGUUUUAUUGCAGAAAUGAUUAUAGUGUUUGUGUUAUAUUUUAUCAUGCUACUAUUAAAUAUUUAAAGUAGUUUUGAAGUAGCCUACUGAUUAAAAUCCUUUUCAGACUGA